AUGACGACUACAUCCUCCGCGGCGCUUUCCGCCAACACUGCAGUCCCAUCCGGGUUCGCUGUUUACGACACCAGCUUCCACAAUAUCCUCGGAUCUGCACCGAAGCUCGAGGUCAUCUUGGAAAACAAUGACUUCCCGUUCGCCCACGAGGCAAGCGUCUACUUACCAACAACAGACCAGCUGUUCAUGUCCAGCAACAUUUUCACUGAUCCAGUAACUAAUGAAUCGACAAUCAAAAUCUCAAAAGUCAAUGUGACUGCGCACCCCGUCACCGCUGAGAUUGUUAACUCGACAGUCUCAAUGCCUAACGGCGGCGUGAACCACAAUGGCGGAAUUCUCUGGACUGGCCAGGGUACCUUGAAUACUACCGGCGGUCUGUGGCAGAUGUCCGCGCAGUCGUCAAACAAGGCCGAGUUUAUCGUUGGAGAUUUCUACGGCCGCCAGUUCAAUUCUCUAAAUGAUGUUGUUGUCGCAAGCGAUGGCUCCUUCUGGUUUACUGAUCCUAUUUACGCCUGGAAACAGGGUGUGCGGCCGAAGCCUAAGUUGCCGGAACAAGUCUACCGCUAUGAUCCAGCUACCAAGGCGGUUCGUGUUGUUGCCGAUGGUUUUGGUAGACCUAAUGGUAUCUCCAUCUCCCCUGAUGAGAAGACUGUAUAUAUCAGCGAUACUGCUGAGACUAUUGGAGAUGGAUCGACCGACGUUCUUAAGGCUGCCACUAUCUACGCAUUUGAUUUGUCCAUGAUCAACGAACAACCGUUCUUGACCAACCGUCGAGUUUUUGCUUUUCCAAGCGAUGGUAUUCCCGAUGGUCUUAAGGUUGAUCAGCAUGGCAACGUCUACGCUGGGUGCGGUGACGGUGUUAACGUCUGGUCUUCCGGUGGUGUCUUGCUGGGUAAGAUCUUGGUCAAGGAUGGUACAUCCAACUUCUCAUUCGGCAAGAACGGCCAGAUGUACAUUCUCAACGAGAACAAAAUCUACCGAGCCCAGCUGAACAGUACCCUCAAGAGUACUCUCUGGAAGAACUAA